UCGCUGGCACGUCCGUGGUGACGCUUGGCGGUUGUGUGAACGCUCCAGCCGAGGUUUCGACAGUGAAAAUUGUGGCCGACGCGUUUUUCACGAAAACGUCUUCAUUAAUGAAUGUAUCGUUAAACAGUGAUUCCACAGUUAGUGCACAGACAACUGACAUCGCUGCGUGUUUAUUAUCGCUUCCUCGCUAAUUAUUGCCGUGGCGUCCUUUCGGCGUGGAGGGUCUGCCGUGUAGGGAGUGUUGUUGUUUUAGCAGAAGACUGCCUGUUCCUCAACGCAACACUGUUUUGUGUCCAGAGACAGCGUCAGCGCAGGCCGACGACGCAGCCUUCUACGGACAGUGUGGGUGUCGGAGUGGGCGGCCAUGGGAUGACGCUGCUGCAGCGCAGCUCGUCGAGCCUGGAGCUGAGCCAGCAGGAGCACGGGCCCGCGCCGGCCCUCGGCCUCUGCCCGCCCGCCCCCGCCACCCCCGGGGGCGGACACGGGCUGGGGGCGGGCGCCGCCGCCCACGCGCUGCCGCUCCGCACCGCCGGCCGCCAGUACGGUAGCCACGGCUCCAUAGACGUCGUCGCGAACGGGUGCGCCGGCGGCGGCGGGGAGAGCUUCUUCGCGCUGGUGGAGGAGUUCCGGCCGGUGCUGGACCAGCGCAGCCCGGGGCCCGCCGAGUACCUGCGCGGCCGCGUCGAGCCGCCCCCGCAGCGCGACAACGCCGCCAACGCCUUCGUCGACGAGCGGCCUUCCGCCCCCGCCGCCUCCGCUGCCGCAGCGGCCGCGUCCCCCGGUGCCGCCUCCGAGCGCAGCCCCCGCGCGCGCCUCAAGCUGCACCGCUUCUGGUCCGCCACCAACGGCGCCAAGUCCACCCCCAGCAGGCAAAUCUCCACGCCGGACGACUCCGGGUGCCCGACCCCCGACUCGGCGGAGCAGCAGCAGGGGCGGUGCCGGUGGCGGCAGCUGCAGUUCGCCCACCACGACCUGCAGUCGCUGACGGCCGGCUCGCUGGGCUGCGCCGCUCUGCGCCUGCGCGGCCUGCAGCUGGCGCGCCGCCGCAACACGGCCACCGGCGCCUCGGCCGCGUCGGGGGCGGCGGCCGGCGGCGGCGGCGGCGCGGCGGCGGCCAGGGCCGCCACGCCCGAGUCGCCCGCCGACUCGGGGCCCGACGCCGCCCCCGAGGAGCACGACCCGGGCGACGGCCGCUGCAACGACCUGCUCGAGAGCUGCCCAUUCUUCCGUAAUGAAGUGGGUGGCGAGGCGGAGCGUGUUGUGAGCCUGACAAGAGGUGGUGGUGGUGGUGGAGGUGGUCGAGCACCACCACUACACCGUCCGCCACUGGCCGCAGGGGUCAGUGUUCUGGAGUUCCCGGCUGGCGAGUCCCACUGGCGGUCUGGUGCCUGUCCACUGCGCCGGCAGCGUGCAGCCAUCGAGGGGGUCGACCGUGGCGCACUCUACUACCGCAACUACUUCCACAACCAGGAGCAUCAAAACUGGUUUGGUGUGGAUGAGAACCUUGGACCAAUUGCUGUAAGUCUGAGGAGAGAACGAUUAGAGAGGGGAGAAGCAUCACCUACGUAUCUUUAUAGGCUGCUUAUCAGGACAACUGAGCUCCUAACACUGAGAGGAUCUGUUCUAGAGGAUGCAAUACCAAACAUUAAACCUUCAAAUAGUAACAAGGGAAUGUGUACAAAGGAAGUACUGGAAUACAUAGCACCUGAAAUACAAUUGUCAUGCCUGCGUCUUGGGAUUGCAUCACCUCAGACAGAAGCGCAGCUAUUGAAACUCGAUGAACAGGCAUUAAUAAGACACUACAAAGUUGGUGUGCUUUAUUGCCGAGCAGGGCAGUCUUCUGAAGAAGACAUGUACAAUAAUGAGGAUGCAGGUCCUGCGCUGGUAGAGUUCCUCGACACUGUAGGUCAGCGAGUAAGACUGCGUGGUUUCGACAAAUAUCGAGCUGGACUUGACAACAAGACGGACUCGACCGGUCUCUACUCCGUAUAUGCUCAGUAUCAAGACUGUGAAAUAAUGUUCCACGUAUCCACAUUACUGCCCUUCACACCAAACAAUAGGCAGCAGCUGUUAAGGAAGAGGCAUAUUGGGAAUGACAUUGUAACUAUAGUCUUCCAAGAGCCUGGUGCUCACCCAUUCACACCAAAGAAUAUUCGUUCUCAGUUCCAACACGUCUUUAUUGUUGUGAGAGUUGUGAAUCCUUGUACAGAGAACACACAGUACCGUGUUGCUGUGAGUCGAUCCAAAGAAGUACCUCCAUUUGGACCACCAAUCCAAGAUGGAGCUACAUUUCCUAAGUCCAAAGCUUUUGGGGAUUUUUUAUUAGCCAAAGUAAUCAAUGCAGAAAACGCAGCCCAUCGUUCAGAGAAAUUUGCAACCAUGGCAACUCGCACACGACAAGAGUACUUGAAGGAUUUGGCAUCAAAUUACACUACUACUACUGUUGUGGAAUCUGGUCAAAAAUUCUCAAUGCUGUCAUUUGGCAGUAAGAAGAAAGAACGAGCCAGUGGCAAUAAUCCUGGUGGUUGCCCCAUGGCAUCUCUCUCAGCUUGGCAGCGAGGAGCUGUUGCUUGGCCAGUGCUGUUGGAGGAUGGCGGUGGACAGCAAGUUUCUGCAGGUGUUACCGUCGUUCCGUGUUCACUUGGUGUUUCGGCUGAUACAUUACUGCUGGUCGACGAGCAGUCCCGGGAUGUCGUCUUUGUCACCCCAUGCAAAGCAAUACUUGGCUGGCAGCUAAGUUCUAAUAAUGUGCGACUGUACCAUCACACGGGUGAAUGUGUGUCACUACAAAUGCGUGGUGAGACAGAAGAUGUGACGGACUUGUCUGCACGACUUCGGGCAGUGACACCUGGGGCAGAAGCGAGGGAGUUGACUCUGCAUCGAAAUGCGUUGGGACAAUUAGGAUUCCACGUGCAACCAGAUGGGGUUGUGACACAGGUGGAGGCAGCCGGACUGGCUUGGCAGGCUGGCCUCCGGCAAGGAGCCAGGCUCGUUGAGAUAUGCAAGGUAGCAGUGUCAACACUGUCACACGACCAAAUGGUGGACCUGUUAAAGACCUCUGUCACUGUUACUGUCACUGUUAUACCUCCAUUACCAGAUGGAACUCCACGCAGAGGGUGCUCAUUGCCCAACUGCCGCGCCUCUGCUGGAGGUAAUGGUGCAGUGGGAAGUGGAGGGGCUGAAGGAGAUUACGAGAAUGUCCCUUGCCCAGGGACAGGUAAACCAGCAGUACCUGGCAACCACCGGCGGCGCUAUGAUCAGCAGGAACCGGAACGCAGCUUCUCGCCGCCCAGGUCGUCAGCCAGUUCGGGCUACGGCACGGGUAGUAGUGGACGUUCUUUUGGUGAUCCUUCACGCUUUCCUUCAAAUCCAGAGGGUACUUUGACAAGUUCAUCAUCAGGACACUCGGGUGAUGACAGAUGGUACGAAGUUCCGGAGCCGGAAAAUGUUGGCACACCUUUGUUAGAUGCACAAGUGCCAAAUGGGGGUAACUCUCCCCCACCACCUCCACUGCCAGCACGAUUGGGAUCGGGUGGUAACAGUGCCUUCCAGCAAGUUAAGCAGCGAGGGAAUCAUUCACAUUCUCAUUCCCAUUCACACUCCCAUGCACCCUUUUCUCUACCACACACUUUGGACUGCUUGACUGUGCGUUCACCACAGAAGGUAGAAGUAAUGACUUGCAGUCUUCCACCUGCCCUGCCUCUUCUCACGGGAGUUCCUAGUGACGGACAUUCCACGGAUACUAGCUCUGCUGCCAGCGAACGAUUAUUUGGGGCUCCAAGUGAAGAUGACCUGUCCGGUGGUGGCAGCGAUGGAGUUUCACCUCGUCUUCGUCGCACUCCUCGGCGCCAGCAACAGUCUCAGCAAACCAAUGCCAGCAGUGGAAGCAGUCGAAACCUCAGUCCUCGUCCAGCAAAUGCAACUGGGAACCACCCAGGCCCUGGAGAGGCACGGCUCAGGCCUGGAGUAACACCAAGGUCUCGGACAGACAGAGAGCACCGUGCUAGUUCUGGUCUUACCUCAAGUUCUUUGCAAGAAGAACUAAUGAGGCUAAUUAAUCCAGACUAUGAAGAUAAUCCUGAAAAGGAGAAGCUUUGUGUAAACAAAGCUGAGCCAGAAUGUGAACGGGAGCGAGAGAGAGAUCGUGACCACAGUCGUGACCGAGAACGUGAACGUGAAGUAAUACUUACCACGGCAAGACCAGCUACAGUUAUCUCAAAUGCUAGUACGGCGUCAAGUCCAGCACCGACUGACAACAAGAUCAUUCCCCGUGAUAGAGAUGACAGCAUUCCAGCGUAUCGACGACAGAUAACUGUCGGAGGAACAGUCGGCACUGGUAGUGGAUCAAAAACGGAGCCCCUGUCGCUGCCAUUGCCAGAUGCCCGUCAGAUGGACUGGCCGAGUCUAGUAGAUACAGCAACAAGGGCCAUGCUGCAUUUGCCACCUUCAGAAGGUGGUGUAGGAGUAGGGGUUGGUGCCGGUGCAGAACUACAAGCAGCCCGCAAUGGUGAGAGCCUUGGGCAUUGGGUGGAUGAUGUAGCUGAAAGACUUGGCCUAGACAGUGUGAGAACUGGAAGUACUGGUCGCCAGGGAAGAUCAGUUCAGCAGGAUCACAGACGUAGACUAUCAUUGGAAGAUGAAGUACGUAGGCUUCGUGAUGAAAAUCGGAGACUGCGGGAUGAAAAUAGGCGUUUACAAGAGGAGUCACAUGCAGCUGCACAACAGCUACGUCGCUUCACAGAGUGGUUUUUCCAUACUCUAGAAAGACAGUAGCUUCAUGUUGGAAAUUUUCUUUAGCCAAAUCAGAUGUAGUGUGUGAAGUGAAGUGGCAGCUAUUUUUGUUGUGUUUGUAUGGCAGAGUUACAGCAGAAACUGUAUUUUUUAUGAGGAGUACAAGAAUAUAACAGUUUGGUUACUGAUAUGUAUCAAGUAGUUGAACAUCCUAUACAGCUGUUGAAUGGCCAUUUUCAAAUUCAGUUUACACACUAAAACAUAAAUGUGGGCCAUGCAGUGACUUUUAAUGACUGUCAUGUUAUUUCAGAAGUAUGAUAUAUUUAAACAUCUUGUGCAUUUUCGCCUCAUUUAGUUACGAAUUUCAAUUGAAUUUUUUCAACACAAAUAUAUCAGCAGAAAGCUUAGGUAUUGUCAGUUGUACUUUCAGUACUCAGAUCUUCAAGCUACAGAACUGCCUACAAAUUUACAUCUUAUUUCUGUAUUUUCCUAUUGAGAUCUCUUACUGAAAAUUAGAAAUAUAAAGUAACAUUAAAAUGUUUCACAGCAUACAUUUUAUUGUAAUUUAAUAAUUAGGAUGAUAGGUCUUUCACUGAAUGACACACUGCACUAGAUUUUAAUUAUAUUACUUUGUUGGCAGCCCUCUAUGAAAUAAGGUGUUCAUGUCAAAAUACCUAAAAUCAUAAGAUAAGCUGACUUAGGCGACUGCUGGUGUCAUCAUUUGGAACAACUGGCGCACUGAUAUAUGCCUUAUAUAUUGUGAUAUGUGUAGAUUGGUGCAGGAUUGAAGGUCUAUCAGAAAUGGAUGCAGUAACAUCACAGUUGUUUAAAAACAUCUGACAGGUUUUACAGUACAGACAUUGUUGUAUCUCAUUGUAAGUAGUUACCUUGAAGUUUUGCCCUUUUUUUUUUAAUUUUUUUUUUUUUUUUUUUGAGCAGCUUUUUAUACGCGAAAAAAUCUAUCCUUAUAUGUAUUGUUGUACUGUUUAAUGAUAUUUAAAUUAUUUCCACAUAAAGUGAACCAAAUUACGUAGAGUUCAAGAAAGGUAGGAAAAGACUGUUUACAUUCGUUAAUCUCCUUGUUACAAUAUACGCACAAAAUAUCUAAUGUGCAUUAAUUUACUGUUUAGGAUCAGCAGUGCCUGAAAGGCGUGAACUGUGCUUGUCAUGUGGAUGGUAUGAAUCACUUUAAAGAUACGAGAAAGUUAAUGUGUGGAUCAUUGGGUGAAACAGUGAUACAAAGUCAGAAUGAUGUGUAACAUUAGCCAAAGUAAUCAUAUAGUCAGAAACCAUGUGAAUUUGAUACUUUAUUUUAAUACUAAGUGUUUAUUGAUGGAAGUUAUUACAUUUGCUGAUACAAGGGAAGUAAUGUAUACAUGUAACUCAUCAGUGUAUAAAUAAUUUCAUCAAUUUUUGUAAAGAGGAUGGAAUACUGUUCAUAUAUUUAUUUUUGGAUUGACAGUUUAGUAAUUUAUCAGACUGUACCAUGUGGAGCAAAGCAUUCUUCUAAAACAAUCUUGUGAGAAAAUUGCUUGAGAUUGUCAAUAUAUUUGCAAGUAAGAAGUAAAUAUUUGUUUGUGGAACGGUACUGGAAUCCAGCUAGUAUGUCAUUUCAUCUAAAAUUGUUGGUGCCUUAAUAUGACAAGCUCUUUAUAUAAAAUAAGCCAUUAUGUAUAUAGUGUAUUAUAAAAUGUUACUCAUGUGCAAUUGUCAAAUGUAUCAAUCGUUACAUGAAAGUGUGAUUCCCUUUAUUGAUUAAUGUGUAAAGUGAUAACAUUAAUUUAGUAAUAUUUUGCAGUAUUAUUGUAGGCAGAACAUAUUAAGUAUUUAUCUCAGUUACUGAAGAAGACAUGUACAAAUUUAAUUAUUCUAGUAGGAUGUUGACCAGUGGAGCAUUUGUUUGUAUUUUUCACCAUUUAAACAAUAACAGCACUUCUCAUUCUCAUUUUACAGUGUGUUAUAAGAAGUCAUAGUUUCACUGAAGUUACCAAAUAGUUCUUGUUCAUAAUUUUUCCUAAUAAUAUUCUACGAAGAUAACUUGGAAUGGGACCAGAACAAUGUUUCACUGUAUUCUUGGAAUGAGUUUAAAUUUUAGCUUCUGUCAUAUCCACUAGUAUGUAGACUCUUCACAGAAAGCAUUCCUCUUUUGCAUUAAGUGCUGUUUGUUUCUCAGUAUUUUCAUAUUGAAACUUGUUGUGUGUUCCAUUUAAGUAACGAGUAAUGUAUUUGAAGUGUGGCUAUCUCAUCUCCCUUACAGUGGAGCCACUGUACUUGAUAUACCAUGUAUCCUUCGUAAAUUAUUAGAUCAUAAUUUCAAAUAAAUCAAGACUGAUAGUGAAAUAUGGACAAUUUACAUCUGUUACCAUUUACUAAAACUUCUAAAAGUGACAGUGUAUAAAUUAUCUUCAGACUUACUUUCCUCAUUUUACACUCCAGGUUAUUGGUAAUAAUUAUGCAGGUAUUCCCAACUUAACAUUAAGUUAGUGAACAAAAUAUUUGUCUCUUCUCACUUUUUGUUCAUUUCAUUCACUCAACUCAGUCAAUAAUUGUAAGGAAAUAAAUUGAAUUCCCUCAGAUGCUUUUUUUGUGCAAAAGACAUGUAAUGUACCUAUGUGCAUAUUGAAAGUGCUGUAAAUAGAUUAUUGACCAAACUGAAAAAGUUAUACCAAUGAGAAGUAAAGUGCUGUAAAUAUAUGUUAAUGACUCUGAA